AUGCCUCCAAAAAGGAAAGCCACCUCUAGACAUUCGUCAGGUGGUCAAAAACGUCAACGUCAGGACGCCACAAAAAGCAGUGACGAAAUAGUACAAAUAGUUGUGGGAAAACUAAUGCCGACGAUUAGCGCACUUAUCGAAAAACAAACAGUAUUGAAUAAUACGAACACAUCAUCUAACACAAUUCAUCAGGAACCUUCGUCUGAUGCAAACAAUGCAGAAUCAAAAAGAUUUUUACCAUUAUCAUCAGGCAUUCCACUCGACAGUGGGAUUAGUCAAAAACUCAAAAUCAAAAUAGUUUCGGACGAAUACAUUGAUAUUGCACAUCUUUUGGAAAAAAUACCUGGUGAAAUAGAUAUAACCGUUACGAUCAAAAAACAAACGUCGUCAGUUGUUGCAAAUCCA